CCUUGAAUGAUUGUGGCUUGUCUGAAAAAACGUAGGCAAGAAGAAAAAGCUAAUUUCAAGAAAAAACGAGCACAAGGAUGGUUAACAGUGCUUUGACCCUUCAGGUUCUUCCACUGGUCGUUCUCCUAGGGAACACACAUUUGUGCGCUUCCCAUUUCUUCUUCUUUAUCGACCUGCUGCAUGACCAGGCUGAUGAAUACGAAUACUACGACGAGUACACGCAACCGGGGCAGGACCCCCUCCUCCAGCAGCAGUCCUCGGAGGACCCCGACUGGUUCGAGGCAUUUUUUGGCUACAGCGAUACUGGAAAAGCAGACGCAUGCUCCUCCAACCCCUGCAAGAACAACGGUAGGUGUGAAAACAGAGGAAGCAGCUUCAGCUGUCUCUGCCCAGAGCCAUACGCUGGGACUACGUGUGAGAAAGUGAAGAACAUGUGUCUGGAGAAGCGUUGCCAUGGUGGAGACUGCCUGAUUACAUUAACCCCACCUUAUUUUCAGUGCAGAUGCAAUCACCCCUACAAGACACCCGACUGCCAACGAGCAUCUUCACCGUGCAGGCCAAACCCUUGCAAAAAUGGAGGUAUCUGCAUACGGCACAGAAUCAGAUCCAAAUUCACCUGCAAGUGCCCUGAACCUUUCAGCGGGAGGUUCUGCGAGAUCGGACCAGAUGAUUGUUAUGAAAAGGCCUCCUCUAAGUACAGAGGAAGUGUGAACCAAGUGGUGAAUGGAAAGACCUGCCUGCACUGGAAUUCCCACUUUCUCUUGGACUACCCUAUUAAUGCCUUUAUGGAGGACGCUGACUCUUAUGGCAUCGGUGAACAUAACUUCUGCAGGAACCCCGAUGAGGAUGAAAAACCCUGGUGCUACAUCAGAAAAAGUCACAAAGUGGAAUGGGACUUCUGUGACGUUUCACCCUGCUCAGGAACAGCUGAAGAGAGCCUAUGGCCAACAGACAGCUCAACAGACCCACCUGGAUCAAAUGAAAUAUUCAAAACAUGUGGACAACCAGAAAUUCAAAGGGCACUCAAGAGGAUCUAUGGUGGAGCUAAGACUAUAGCUGGCAAACAUCCCUGGGUGGCAUCUCUGCAGAUAAAGACUUCAAAAAGGAACACACAUUUCUGUGGUGGAGUGCUAAUUAAAGCAUGCUGGGUUCUUACUGCCGGGCACUGCAUUGAACAACCAGCAGAAAAUCUUCAAGUAGCCCUUGGAAAGCAAAACCUCAAGAAGAGAGAGCAUCAAGAGCAAGUAUUUGAUGUGGAGAAGAUCAUCGUACAUUACAAAUACAGAGAGAAGGAGGGUGUCCCACACAAUGAUAUCGCACUACUGAAAUUGAAGCCAGUUGAUGGUCACUGUGCAGUGGAAACAAAGUAUGUGAAAACAGCGUGUCUGCCUCACUUCUUCUUUCCCAUUGGGACUGACUGCUUCAUUUCUGGAUGGGGCAUGACAGAGACAGAUGAAGAAUCCCAUCAGCUGUUAGAUGCCAAUGUCAAGCUGAUUUCACAGAGGAAAUGCAGUGCACCCAGAGCAUAUGAUCACAUACUGGAUGAAAGCAUGUUUUGUGCAGGAAACCUUCGGAGACCCGGAGCUGAUUCUUGUCAGGGAGACUCCGGAGGCCCGCUAACUUGUGUAGAAAAUGGCUCCUACUAUGUAUAUGGCCUUGUGAGCUGGGGUGAUGGGUGCGGGUUAAAGAACAAGCCAGGAGUUUAUACCCAGGUGACAACAUUUCUCAGUUGGAUUAAAUCCAAAAUUCAGUCUGAGUCAAGGUCACUUCACUAGGAGACAGCUUUGGAAUGACAAAUGAAUUUCUGAAGCAUCAGGGUUGACUGUGACCUGCUGAGAUCCUUCUGUCUCCAAUUCGUCCUGUAAAAUCAAACCCAAGUAAAUUGUGAGGACAGCCAGUGGACAGGAGGUUUUAACUAUUAUUCCAUAAAAAUAUUUGCAUAUUAAAAAUUACCACAACUGGCAAACAAGUGAGCAAAAUCUACAUCACUGCUCUGCACUGAGCAAAUCUCUACAGUGGAAAAGUGCAAAAAAUGGAGCCGUUCAUAUAAGUUAGAUACUACACAUACCAAAGGACUGAAUGUGCUCAAGUCCUAAUUUCUAAUUUGAGCCCUAAAUAAAGAGCAAACUAGCAAACACCUGUGUUCCAGAUGGAUUGCAUACCUGUAGAUUUCCCUGGAACCAUCAGAUCACUAUCAUACAUAGGGCUUAAGAUAUUGCCCGCAGUCCCCACUGCCUGCAUUACUCAACUAGUUAUAAUUUAUUUCCAGAGUAACCUUUCGGAUGGGAAUGUAAAUCAUGGAUAUGUCCUGUUUUCCUUGGGCUGGAUUAUUGUUUGACUUGUUGCCAAAGUUAAAACUUAAAUGAAACAAGUAUUUAAAGUGCAGAGCUUCUCUUUUAUUGUAACUUAAUGCUUCCUAACUGUAGGGGCUACAAGGUCCCUAUAUAGACUUCUGCUUUCUUGUGCAGGUUAGGAGUCACCCCUGUGGAGGCAGGGAGAAGGAAAACCUGGAAGAUCCCAGGUUGUAAUUUCUUGCCUCUUGAUCUGGACAGAGAUGGAGGAGGCUGGAGCAUUCCCCCUUUGCAAAAAGCCUCCCACAGUAUUGGGGAGCCUCCCACAGCACAGAUUAUGCUGUUAGGAGUCUACACUGAGCCUGUCAAUACAGUUGCCAGUGGAGAUUACAUGGCAACACGUAAUUACGUGGCAACACAUGGUGUCAUGCUGAAAUUAGGAAAAGAGAAGGGGAGUUGUACAGGGACUCCCUUCUGCCUCUACUUCUGCUUUCCAUGGAGGUACCAGGACAUUUGGAGAUCUGACAACAUCCACAAGUUAAGGGAAACACAUCCCAUAGUAUAAGUAAAUCCUAUUCUGUGGCACUUUCUAGUCCCUACAGGAAUUCCUCAGCCAUGACAGUGCUGAAUUCUCUUGAGAGGUUCCUUCAAGUUAAGGUGUACACAAAGCCACAAAGCUUUGCAAGCGAAGUAUACGUAUUCUGUUCAAAUAAAGGGGACAACUGUUGACUCCAGGGAGUAUUCAAAAGCAUUAAACAGGAUGUGUGCCUGUCUGCCUUCUGGAGAGCAGUGCUGUUGGGAUUUGUGAGAAGAACAGUCUACUCUACUUACAACUCCAGGUCCAUACUGAGCAGAAGCACCCUGCAAUCCCAUUUCCCGAAUGUACGCCAACUCAGCAGCUCUUCUUGCCAUUUCGACUUUGUGAGAACCUGGGGGAGUCCAGCCAAUGCCUCUGAGCCAGUUCAAGUCAGACUUGUAUUUUACCUGAGAGAAUGAAACAUACACCAGUGUGUGUUAUUUUGUUUGGCUCUAAUCAAACCACAUGUCCUGGGUAUUCAAGAGAGAGCAUAUAAAGAGCAACAGAGUCGAUAAUAAAGAAGCUAUUCAUUUUCAGCAA